AUGGGUGAAGCUAAUGUAGAAACACUACCUCCGGAGAAUAAUACCCUGCUCGAGGAAAAGUUCAUGGGAUCAGUGAAUACAAAUGGCGAAACUUACCUGCAGGACCGUUCCGAUGUAACAAAAUAUAAUGAUAGCUCUAACUCACGAUCUAGAAAGAGUAGUCCCCGCGCGAGUUCAAGGAAGAAGUCGAAAAGUACGAUGGAUCAUAUUAACGUCGACAAAUCCAACGAGUCUUUAAACUUGAAUAAUUUUGAUGAGGAUGAAGGCACGGUAAAGUUUGGAGGAUCCAUGAGGUUCAGUAGCAUGGAGAGUGUGCUUGAAGGUCGAAGUGAUCAUGGUAACGACGUUGAUCAGGGCUUUAGCUCGUCCAUGCUCUUUGACAGCAUGGAUAGUAUAUUCGAGAAAGGAGCCGAUGAUAUUUUUAAUAAUAAGGACAAAGUGCAUAAAUCUGCAAAUGCUGACAGCAUGGAGAGUAUAUUCCAGGAAGGAGCCAAUAACGAUGAUUCUAACAGAAGCCAGGAAAUUACAGAAUCCAUGACCUUUGACAGCACCGGCAGUCUGUUCGAAAAACGAGAUGAUGAUAAUCUCGAAGAAAAGAACAGAAUGGCUGAAUCAUCCGAAUAUCAUAAUAAGGAUAAACCACUUUCUACUACAGCAGGAUUGGAUGUAGAUGAUGCAGUUUGCUAUUACAUAGAUAAAUUGCAACAGCAGAAUAAAUUUUCUGCCAGUCCUAGUCGAGGUUUGUUCAAAAACACCAUGUUGGGUAAAAUGUUUAGAAAAAUAUUUCCGACGCUUAGAUCAGAAAUAAGACGUCACUUGAACAUGCAGGCGUAUGAAAAGUACAAUUGCUCAGUCAGAGAAGUAAAUGGGACGAGAGAAUUUUUUAAUGUACUGAGGAAGUAUAGAGCGUUUGCUCCGCUUGUUGUAUUCGGAAUACUUUCUCCUUUACUGCUAAUAUCCCUUAUAAAAAUGAGCUCCUCCAUAAUGCACGCCAUGCUUAUAUUAUUACCUUGGCCCUAUGCAUUAAUUAUCGCUCUGCCUUUUGUCGUCAAGACCUAUAUACUGCCUUUUAUUGCCAUUGCUCUGCUUUGUGGUGGAUAUGGUUUCCUUUUAUUUUACAGCGUAAGCAAAUUAUUCAAAGUAAAACGCUCAAGUAAACAUAUCGAUGGAGGCAUUAUGAACAGGUUAUAUAAGAUCAUUAAAAGCCAUUAA